AGAAAGAUGGACAAACAAACAACAAGGCCAUUUCAGUAAACUCACAGCAUUUCCCUCCUAAAGAUCUCAACAGCUAAAUCCCAAAAUCUCUCUCGCCCCGCCCACCUCAUGCAACGGACGGCUGAGAAAGAAUCUGUAUCCCAUAAUUCCCUCCCUCAGAAAAAAGAAUUAAAAAAAAUCCCAAAACCCAAAAAACCAGAGAAAAGUAAAGGGAGAAGAAACACAAAAAAGAGACCAUAAAGAUAUUAUUUUUGUUCAUCCAUUAAACGUUAACAGCAAAACCCAGAAAAACCCAUAUUUUCAAUUCCCAUUUCACAUUCAUUUGAGUUAUGCGGCCAUGACUUCACUACAAUGAAACAAACCCCAUAUUCCCGGACUCGGAGCCCCGAACCCAAGAAGGAAAAAACUAGAGGGGGAGGAGGAACUGCCAUGAGAGUGAUAGUUCCUUUACAAGGUGUUGUUCAAGGAAGAGGAGGCUUAGUUUUAGGCUCCAUAAUCCCUUGCGCGCUCUUUUACUUUCUCCAAUUCUAUUUGAACCGACACCGUAAUGAACCGGAUGACGAGAACGAAUCGAAUUCCCCAGGUCAGAACCAAACGACCCGGUCGCCUUCGUCCGGCCAGUUGGCGGAGCAUCCUGGGUUGACACGUAACCUGUCUCGGGUUUUGCUAUCCCCGAGAAGUCCGAGAGGACCCGUCUCAGUUUCGGGUCGGGUUAGUGGAAUUGUGAAGGAUGCGGAGUCUCCGUAUUAUGUGGGAUUGAGGCGGGUCAAGGAGGAUCCGUAUGAUGAAGUGGACAAUCCGAAUGGAGUCAUUCAGAUGGGGUUAGCAGAAAACAAGUUGUCAUUGGAUUUGGUUAAGGAUUGGCUAGCAGGGAAUGUGAAAGAAGCGAUACUGGGAAAUGGAAAAGAGCUGACCAUUGGCGGGAUUGCAACUUACCAGCCUUUUGAUGGAUUAAUGGAGUUCAAAGUGGCUGUGGCAGGAUUCAUGUCUCAAGUCAUGGAGCAAGCUACUUCCUGCGACCCUUCACAGAUAGUGCUGACAUCUGGUGCGACCCCUGCAAUUGAGAUUCUUAGCUUCUGCUUAGCAGAUGCUGGAAAUGCAUUUCUUGUUCCAACACCAUAUUACCCUGGUUUUGAUAGGGAUGUAAAAUGGCGAACUGGGGUGGAAAUAGUACAUGUUCCUUGUCGAAGUGCUGACAACUUCAGUUUGAGUAUAGCUGCUCUUGAUCGAGCAUUCAACCAGGCAAAGAAACGUGGGAUGAAAGUGCGCGGGAUAAUUAUAUCAAACCCAUCAAACCCUGUUGGCAAUCUUAUGAGUCAGGAAACACUUUACAGCCUGCUAGACUUUGCCAGAGAGAAGAACAUCCAUAUUGUCUCUAAUGAAAUAUUGGCUGGCUGUACUCAUGGAAAGGAAAAAUUUGUAAGCAUGGCAGAAAUCAUUGACCUGGAAGAUGUUGAUCGGAAAAGAGUCCAUAUAGUGUACGGUUUGUCAAAAGACCUUUCUCUUCCAGGUUUUAGGGUUGGUGUUAUCUACUCUUUGAACGAGGAGGUUCUGGCUGCUGCUAAAAAGUUGACGAGGUUCUCAUCCAUUUCAGCUCCAACCCAGCGUUUGCUUAUCUCUAUGCUAUCUGAUGCAAAAUUUGUUCAAACAUUCAUUACCGUUAACAGGGAGAGGCUUCAAAGAAUGUAUGUUCAGUUUGUGGGAGGAUUGAAAAAAUUGGGCAUAGAGUGCAUAAAGAGUAGUGGGGGCUUCUAUUGUUGGGCUAAUAUGAGCGGGUUAAUCAGCUCAUACAGCGAGAAAGGGGAACUUAAGCUUUGGGACAAGUUGUUGAAUAUAGCCAAGCUGAACGUAACUCCAGGGUCUUCUUGUCAUUGUAUUGAACCUGGAUGGUUCCGCUUCUGUUUCGCCACAUUGACAGAAAAGGAUAUCCCUGUAGUUAUGGAACGGAUUCAGAAAAUUUCUGAAAUCUGUAAAUUGAAUAGUUAAAAUGCUGUUUUAUUCUAUGAUUUUA